CCCAGGCUGCUGCGCGGUGCUCUCCGCCGGACAGGGAGACGCGUGUGAGAGAGGUGGAGGUUGUUGUUCAGGCGGGCAGACAGGCACUUCAGCAGGGAUGAGUGAGGAAGGGGACGCGUACGAGCUCUUCCUGAGCCUGCACGGCGCUGCGCUCAAAGCUUCGCGAAUACCGCCGGUGUACUGGAGGAGCCUGCAUUACAAACUUACCAACGAGGUGUUUGAUGCUGGGCAGGUGUUUGGGAUCAUGCAGGUGGAGCAGGUGGAAGGUGACGAGGACGAGGAGGAGGAUGAAGAGGCUCGGGAGGAGGGAAAGAAGAAGCCUAAUCCAGGAGUGCAGCUGGUGUCUAAAGUCAUUGUGACGAGUGAGAGUGGCUUGCAGGCCGCUGACCCCAACAGCGUCUUCCUGGUGGACCACGCCUGGACGUUCCGGGUGCAGGGCGCCAGGGAGCAGCUGCUGCAGGUUCCGGGGCUGCUGCAGCGCAUGGCCAGCCUCAUGCACAUCGACUUCCACGGAGAGUUUCCCGACGAGGGCGUGGUGGAGCAGGUGCUGGCGGACAUGUGGAAGUUCAACCAGACCUACCAGCUGUCUCAAGGGACUGCUGAGGAGAAAGUGCCCGUGUGGUACAUCGUUGACGAGUUCGGCUCCCAGGUGCAGCACUCUGACGAGCCCACCUGCUGCAUGGCCCCCUUCUUCCACAUGCCCGAGCAGGUGGCCUACACCGUGCUGUGGCCACUGCAGGACCUGGACAAUGGAGAUGAAGUGACUCGCGACUACGCCUACGGAGAGACCGACCCGGUCAUCAGGAAGUGCCGACUGCUGCCAUGGGAGCCCGCAGACCUGCGGAGCAUCAGCUCUUCCACACCCGAGUUUCCUGAUCUCUACUAUGAGACUAUCUCAUGGGAGAACAAGGAGACCCUUCCAGCUCAGAUUGAGCCCCAGGUUUACCCUGAAGACAAGAUUUUGAAGGUCUACACGGAGAUGAGGCAGGUCUCGGACAACCUGAGCCACCCCCGCUUCGAGCUGACGGACGAGGAGCCAGAGGCGGACGUUCUCUGGAUGUACUCGCACAUCCGGGACUACAGGAGCCUCAGUGGCGAGCGACCCCACGUUCUCCUGAACCAGUUCCCCUGCGAGACCAUCGUCACGGUGAAGGACUGCCUGGCGUCGGUGGCGCGGCGGGCCGGGGGGGGGCGGGGCGCCCCAUGGCUCCCCCGGACCUUCAACCUGCAGACGGAGCUGCCACAGUUCAUCAGCCACUACCAGCAGAACCAGGACAGAGGAGAAGACAACCACUGGAUCUGCAAACCCUGGAACUUAGCUCGUGGCCUGGACACUCACAUCACAGAUAACCUGAAUUACAUCAUCCGACAAAGGGAAAGCACCCCAAAGGUCGUGUGCAAGUACCUGGAGAGCCCCGUGCUGUUCGAGAGAGAGGACGUCGGGCUGGUCAAGUUCGACAUCCGAUACAUCGUCCUCCUGCGGUCCGUGAGGCCUCUGCAGCUGUACGCCUACGACGUCUUCUGGCUGCGCUUCUCCAACAGGCCAUUCUCUCUGGACAACUUUGAUGACUACCAGAAGCAUUUCACAGUAAUGAACUACGCCGAAGGAGCCCAGCUGAAACAGGUUCACUACGAUGAGUUCAUCCCCCAGUUCGAGAAGCAGUACCCAGGUUACCCCUGGGCGUCUGUGCAGGAGGAGGUGUUCAAGGCCUUUGCAGAGCUGUUCCAGUUGGCUUCCUCCAGGCCUGCCCCCUAUGGCAUCUGUCCCUACCCCUCCUCUAGAGCCAUUUAUGCCAUUGACCUGAUGCUGAAAUGGAGUACAGACGCCGAGGGUCAGAGAAUCAUGCAGCCUCAGAUUCUGGAAGUAAAUUUUAGUCCUGACUGUGCCAGAGCCUGCAAGUACCACCCCAGCUUUUACAACGACGUCUUCAGCACUCUGUUCCUGGAUGAAACGGCAGGGCGCCCGGUGACUCAGAUUGCAUGACAGGAGAGGCAGUGCGAAGAUUGUCCUGGGGCAGGCCUUCCAAACCUAUCUACAGGGUCUGUGGAUGUGGGUGUGCAUCUGAUAUCAGACUGAAAUACUCUUCCACACUGCAGCCAUCCAGUGUAUGACUCUGCUCUCAACACUGUGAAGGCACCUCAGUUGAUUAUGUGGUGUAAAACCUUACCAACAGCUGUCAUUAAAGCCCUGCAGUGGACUCUA